AUGGCUUCCGCGGCGUGCUCCUGCGCGAGCCUUCCACUGGAACAGCUCGCUCUUUACCACGCAGUCGACCCGGUCCUGUCUUCGAUAUUUGUCUUCCAUGGGCCUGCAACCACGGCCAACUCAACCCUCAAUAGCUCGCGCAUCCAAGUCCAUAUUUUUACUGCAGAUGGCCUACAAAGCUAUCCGCGCGUCACUGUAUCGCCGGCUGCUCCCCUGUAUGCAGCUGUAAACCACCUACCACGCGAAAGGCAGGGCGACGAAGUCUACCGAGGGCUGGCAGUCUGUUUAUUUAAGUACUUCUCGGAGAUUCCAGAUUCCGUGAAAAGUGAGCUGGUUGCGCUCGCACAUCCAAGGAGACCAAGCUCCAAACCACUGCAGUUCUUUGAUGAGCUGCAUGCAGCGGAUCUCGCAGAUAAGAUGGAAAAAGUGGAGAAUCCGGCUGCAGUGGUUCGCGACCUGAAAGAUGCGUUCGCGGAUAGGGUUGUUCCAUGGGUUGACAUUGAUCUAGUUGUCCCUGCGGGCACCAUAACAGUCCCAACGUCACCGGGCGAAUCGUCACGCCAGUCACUGCUAGGAUAUAGUGAAUCAAGCGCUGAGUCGCCCAUCUAUGAGAAGUUUGCUGACCGGUUCGGUAAACUUGCACCACUAGUAGAUUCUCUGGGUGAACCCAUUUUUCUACCUACAUCAAAGUUGCGCCGAGCUCCGUCGAAACCUUCAAAUCUCAGCAAGUCUAAAUUGUUUUCCACUACUCAAAAGGAAGCCCUUCGGCUUUCCAUGUGCGAGUUUGUCGAUACGGAAGAAAGAUAUGUUCAUAAAAUGUAUGACCUCGUUCAUAAUGUUGCGCAUGAAUUUUGCCAAAAGGCAAGGGCGAAAGCACCGACGAGUACAAGCCCAGAUGAAUCAGUGUUAGCCAAGCUGUUUCCACCUUGCCUUAACGAGAUUCUUGAAGUGAAUAUGGGAUUUCUGGAUGCUAUACGUCUUGUCCUGGAGGAAACAGAGAAAGAUGCCCUAGAAGACCUAUCCCAUGAUACCAUGCUUGACCCAUCCGCCUUCCCUCGUGACCCUAAUACUGGCCGACGAAAUGAUCUUUUGGGCGCAAUUGCUUUCGCCCAAUGCUUGCUUGACUGGCUUCCGCGUUUCUCCAAGCCGUAUGGACAGUAUAUGCAUGCCCAUACGGGAUUCUACUCCCUCCUCAAUUCUUUUCUGGGCGAUCAGAAUUCCUCUUUUUCUAAACGGGUCUAUGAGACUGGAGAGCAACGGAUGCGUUCGUUACUCAUGGAACCAAUCCAGCGCCUUCCACGAUACAGCCUCUUAAUUGAUACUAUGACUGCAUCCCUUCCAUCAAUGCACCCAGCUGUGAAGUCGUUGCUAAAGGCGCGCGAUACGGUCACAGAAAUAUGUUCACUAGACUCAUAUUCAGCUUCUGAUCACUCCCAGACACUGAUACACUUGCGAAAGAUAGUCCAUGAGUGGCCAGAAUUUGUCGCUCCAGCUGGCCGUUUAAUCACCGCUGUUGAUGUGUUUACCCUCCUACCCCCUUUCAGAUCAAGCUCGUCAGGCACAAGAGGUCAACCAGGCAUAUUGUUGCUCUUUGCUGAUUGUUUAGUAUUCCUGACUAAACACCCAGAAAGCAAGUGGACGGCCCGUGGACUCUGCGCUGAAAUUGACAAGGCUAGAGCGGAUAUUGAUACAGAUAGCACGGAGAUUUCACCUCCAUUAGACCUUAUGUUCGGUCAACAUAUGCUCACUACCAGCAUUCGUUGUUCACAGUCUAGAUGUGGACGUGUCUUGUAUCUUGUUCCGGCCCGGAAUUUCAUUCAAAACGAGCAUUUGCGUUCCCAAAAUAUUAUUCUCACCCUUGAACUUACAUCAACGUACGAGGGGAAGGCUACCAAACUUAUUGAAGAGAUCACCAAGGCUAAGAUUGAAGGAAGGUUCCCAGAGCAUUAUAGAGAACAAGGGAAAUGGUCGCUCCAUACUUCAAAGGGGGCGUUUGGCAAUUUAGGAACAAUGAUUUGUGUGUUUGAACAUGACGAAACGGAGCCGGAUAUUCCUAAGUUUCCAUCUAGUGUUAAAUUGAUUGUGGAUGCUACAAAAGACACCGUGGCAGAUCAACUAAAGUCUGGUCAGGUAGAAGUCGUUGCAUCGAUUUUUCCUAUGCUGGGAGGCUCCAGGUUCAGAAUGGAUUUAGAUUCUGUCGUCGGUACUCCAUCCAGUGACACAUUUUCUGCGGAAGAUUUUACUGCUACCCUGUCUAAACGAAUUACGACUCUUCUUUGCCCUCUUUCUCAAUCCCCAAACCCCCUGCUUACUGAGAUAAUUCUACAGAGCAACUUCAACAUACUGCGAGUUGUUGCUCAACAUAUCUUAGGUGCCUCCAAGGGAUCUAAGACAUUCCGGCCACCAUCCCCAACAAAGCUGUUAUCUACCCUUUGGAGCGCCAGCCAACCUAAAAAUCUCGGUCAUGCUCCUUCAAAAUCGCUUCCAUCACUCCCAGCUUUGUCCAACAAUGUGCCAACUUUGCAGCCCCAAUCAUCGAAUACCAGCUUAGACGAUGUUUCUCCGCAAAAACUUCCACAUGGGGGUAUAAGCAUUCCCGAUGGAACCGCAAGUCCACUUGAGCAAUUGGAAGAGACAUUUACCGCUUAUAUACUUGCGAUCCGUUCAAGAAGUGGGAAUAUUGUUGGUCGCGUACUAAGAUCCCGGGACCGUGUCGAUACGACGGCGGUAAAUGAGCUUUACAAUAUUCUUCUAGAGGACCCAACCCAACUUCAAGCUGCUGCAGAGUCCCCUGUUGAUAUACUGAUAGUUGCUUUUGAGACCUUCCUCGACAAGGCUUGGAAGGAGAAAUUUGGCCCGAUAAUACCCCAAACUUCCCUCUUGAUUCUUCUAGCUAAAUUUGAUGCCUUGUUUCCCGGGGACUUUGAAGACUAUUUCCAUGGCUUUCUGUCUGAGAUGAGUCCACAAACUCGCCGUGCGCUUACAGCAUUGAUACAGCUGCUUGCGCAGUUGCUAAAUGACUCUGGGAACGAUGGUGACAGAGGCGCAUUAACGGAUGUGUUAUCCGAAAUACUCACUGAGGACGGCGACGCAAGGAAAACAAUACCUCUCCUUGACAGGCUUGUUGAAGACUUUGAAAGAUUAUUUGAUGAAUCUGGACCUACAGCAUCUGAGGGACACCUUGCUCACGAAAUAAAUCGAGGCCUACUAGCUCCUGGAUCAAUUGGUUCGAAUGCAUCGUCAUUCAGAAAGCGAUUUGGAUUUGGAUUGAGUCGGGAAAACAGUAUUAAAGACGGGGAGGGCAAAGUCAGCUCUAUUAUUCGAUCUUUGAGCAAAUCGAAAGCAGCUUCGGAGAACGAUGUUCUCUCCAAGAAUUCACUAAUGCGAUCUAAAUCCACUGAUAUAGACAGUCGUCUGCAUAGUCUUCUAAGACCCCGAUCCCGAGAUCGGCCUCUUAUGCAGACAAUAUUUGCUCAAGAUGAAGAAAUUAACCGCCCAACCAGCUCUAAUAGCAGCACACAGCCUUCCCUCGCUUCCAUUGUCGAAAACCCUGUUGUAGGGCGAACCUCUACUCCGAGAAAAAAGAGAAGAAGCUCACUCUCUGAUCUGAAAGAUCUCCCAACGGCUGACAUAGCGCCUCUAUUUGCAAACAGGGAGUUUACAAAACCUUCAAAUAUUCUCACUUCCGCUCAAACUCCAGAACCAGCAACACCACCGACAAAAUCCCUUGGGCUACCCAUCCAUAGUGCGCAACAUACGCCUAUUGAAAAUACUCCUCCGACUAGAAUAGCAUCGCCGGUGCGUCAAAUAGCUGCUAAUAUAAAAGAGGAUGUGCCUCCUCCGUCUCCUCGAACGACACUAGCAGAUCGAUCAACCAAUACGAGGCAGCAUGCUUCAACGAUAUCUAUGCCACUUCGGAGGAGAGCAGAUAGUACGCGGGCGGGAACACCGUCUAAAAUUGCUGGACCGCGUGACAAACCCACUCGACCAAGUAGCAGCGAUGGCUAUGGUCGUAGGCUACAAGCACAGUCAAAUUCACCCCCUAAACCGCAAAAGUUACGGAUGCAAACACCGCAAAAGGUAUGCUUUAUUCAUCAUUUAUAUAUAGUCCAGGAUAUCUCUAACAUUUCCAAAGUUACGCGAGCGUGUGUUAAAUGAACGAAAGGCCAUAGCUUCCGCAGAGUCAUCCUUGCAGGCUGAACUUGCAUCCGUCACUGAAGAAUUAAUGUCCACUUCUCCAUCUAGAAGACGGCCAUUGUCAUCUGCUGGCCCCCAGGCAAGGCCUAUUACAUCAUCCCCUGCCCCUACUUCAUCCAAUGCCCUUCUGCAAAGGGUUCGCAUGCUUGAGAGCAAACUCUCUGCAUUAACUUCAAACCUUGGUGCUAGGGCAGCUGGCCUUGAAAACGAUUUGGAGAACUCCCUCCUGGUCUCCGAAAAGCGAGCGCGAAAACUUGACGAACUUUACCGUGAAGCUGGAAAAGAGAACGAAGCAUUGUAUGAGCGAUUUAAUAACGAACUAAGUAAAAUGACCAGGGAAAUUCGACUUGGUGCUGGCGAGGAGGCACUUCGAAAUCAAUUGAAGGAUGCACUUGAUGAAGUGGCGCGUGUGAAAAAGGAGAAUAUGCGACUGAAAAGGGAAAUCGGCGGGCUGAAAGCGCAACAAAUAGGUGAUCCCUCGAGCUAAAAUGCGUCGAGCAGCCUGGACCAUGACCCGUGACGUUGACGAAGCCUGCUUCGCGGGCCCCCUUCAACAGAUAUGCAUGAAGAUUGCCUAGAUUACUGUACAUCACUAGUUGAUAUGUCAGAAUUGGCGUUCAAUGGUAGAACUGGUAAUAAAAUAUGGGUUUGGAUUAAAUUUCACUGUGAGGGGGCUUAUUCAGUUCUUGUUUACGUUUAUUCAUAAUGAAUGGUAAAUCAUAUGACCUAGUAUGAUUGGAACCAACGUCGUCGUCGGGGCAUUCUUCCCAAGUGAAUUAUUAAAAGUAGUCUAUAUCUUCUCGAGAAAUCAUGGCAGUAUAACAUACAAAAUCUACUUGUUUCAGGAAUCAGGCCACACUAUGAAGCACCCAAUUCCUCACACGGCGUGUCAAAUGCUUUCCAGGAUACAGCUUGAACGGUAUUCGGGUCUAUCCAUUUGUAUCUCACUUCCCAUUCCACGCUCCAAGGUACAUCAAAAGUACAAUCACCUCUUGCCCCCUCAGUGUCUCUAACGGGUGUUCUUACUCGUAUCUUUGUCCGGAAGGACAUUGGUAUGGAUGGCAUCCCCAAAAGCUGAUCUUGUAUACUCUCAAAACUUUCACCGUCUUUAAUUUCUGGUGCCACAUCUGUUAAGAUAGGGGCAGAAAACCGAAUUUUCCCAGGAGCAAGAAGAGCCAGGAAUUUCUGAAACACAGAUGGUGCUAUGUUCAAAACUGGAUCUGGUGGUCUCGUUGUAGUUGCGGAUAUUGGGUUCUGAGAAGCUAAAUAGGUUACAAGUGUUGAGUCCUGAGAGGCGUGGCGGGACGGGGCACGAGAUUCACGUUCCUCAUCCAUGGUAAAUUUGCCCUUUGCCAUGUCUCUAUCUAAUGAUCUCUUCAUGGCUCCCCCUAGUAUUUUUCGGAUCCUGACCAAGUCAGUUGG